CCUGUGGCUAAGAGCUGAAGAAGAGCUCCUGGUCAAAGUGAUUCAGCAAGAAGCCGCCCGCCGCGCUAGCAGACUGCCCGCCCACCCUGAGCUGCGCCGGGCCGCACCUGCCAGCGCCCAUGCAGCCCAGCACUGCCCUCACCAUGAGGGCGGCCACACUGCUCACGCUCUGCUGCCUUGCUGCCGGCUCCUGCAGGGCACCCCCAGAUUUCUGUUCCCAGGACCUUAACUUGGGCAUCCAGCCAGGAUCUCCCAAACCAAUAAACACUAACGACCCCAGAGUCCUCAAAGCAGCCAGGUACAGUGUGGAGCAGUUUAACAACUACACCAAUGACAUCUUCCUGUACAAGGAGGCCCACAUCAGCAAAGCCCUGGUGCAGGUGGUGAAAGGCCUGAAGUACAUGAUAGAGGUGCAGAUCAGCAGGACCACGUGCAGGAAGACCUCGCACCCCACUCUGGAUCACUGUGACUUCCAAACCAACCCAGCCCUGCAGCAGACUCUGUGGUGCUACUCCGUGGUCUGGGUCAUCCCUUGGCUCCAGUGGGUCCAGGUGCCAGUGCUCCGUUGCCACUGACUUCACCUCCGGAUGCAGCAUGUGCUGUGGACACCUGCACUCCAGCCCCAAGGUCAUGGCCCCUGCUGGCAGAUGGACUCACGGUGGGUCCUAACAGAGGCCUGGGGUGGCACAAUGACAGCAUGGCGGUCCAGACCACAUCUGUCCUGCUUCAGUGUCCUCUAAGAUCAGUUUCACUGCCCAAGUGGCCCUAGACUUGGUCCUGGAGUGGGUAUAUGGGGGCCCUUACUCCACAGAGGGCCCAAGUCUAUCUCCUGGUCGGAGCCACUAGGAUCACCAUCCGGUGGAAGAGCAGGCAUGCUGCGGAUCUUGACCUCUCCUGCGCAAAUUCAGGAAUGAAUAGAGAGCUGAUGACUUAAAA